AUGUCUGACGAAAAAGAAGCAAAGUCAGAGAAAAAAGAAGUCCCUGACCCAGAAAAGACUGUGUUUGGCGGAAGAAAACCUUUAACAGUAUCAAAUGACGUUUCGGCGGAGUUUUUCGAGUUAUGUUCCGGUCUGGAAGUAGGAGAGCUGGUAACGGUACCUAUGUUCCAAUUAUCAGAUGUUAUGUCAGCAAUUGAGCUUUUGGAACCUAAAAUGGAUGUAGGAGUGAACUCCCACUCAAUCAAAACUCUUCAGUCCGCGAUUCAACAAGGACUCUAUGAAGAAGACAUGCCAAUGCAGCUUGCAAUUAUGGAUGCAACCAUUGCAAUGCUUGUCGCAUGGCUUGAAGGUUCUUCUUUGGGAACAACACUCUGGACCAAUGUGAUGUUGACGAAUGUGCACUCGAUGGAUCAUCCCAUGUUUUAUUCGUUCUCUGCUGGAAUGAACCUCCUGGUUCGAAACAUUUACUCACUGAUCAAUAAUGUUGGAAACCUGGAAGAACUUCCUGAAGAUUUCAACCCGCAAUCGCAUUUUAUGGGAACGAAGUAUACACCGCGUGAUGAGAUAAUCAAUCUUAUGAGAAAUCAAAUGGAGUGUAUCAGGUCUGCUGGAGAAUUCUGGAACAACAAAACUGGAAGUUUGCGUGUUCUGCAAAUUUCUUCCGCUGUCGCGUCUCGUUUGGAUUUUAUUGCGAUCCUUCUGGAAAUCAUGGCAGUUCUUGUUCCUCCGGAAAUUGAAGAUCCCAAUUAUGCUCAUAAAAUUCAUUUGGGCAAUACGGUAAUAGAUGAGAAAGAUUACGAAGCUUUUGUUGAAGGCGGGCAAGUUGGGAAAACUGUGGAGAAAGCAGCUAAAAACAAGGACAAAACAGAAGCUGCUGAAACUGUUCAACAAGUCAAAACGAAGGUUGAAAAAAAUAAUAAAAAGGGAAAUGGAAAGAAGGGAAACAAAAAGAAGGACAAGAAGAAAGGAAAGCAGGCUGGAGGAGAGAAAGUAGACAAAAAUGUCGAAGAAGUAAUUGACAGUAUCCACCAAGAUAAGCUGCAACAGAAAAAAGAGCAGGAAAAACCUAAAAGUUCGCCAAAGUCACUUGAAAAGAAGAUUCAACCCGGAGGUAAGAAAAAUGACCAAAACAAAGAAGAGGGAGAAGAAAAACCGAAAGAAAGCCCUUGUUGUAGUGGUCUUUACUGUGACGAAGCCAAUGAUGUUGAUGAGGAAGAAAUUGACGACGAAGAUUACGAAUAUGAAGAAAUCAUUCAAUUCACUCCUGACUUUGCUAAAGCCGGGAUGUUGGCUCAAAAGUUCAUUAAAUGCUGUGAGCACAUUGAACACACUUACCACCUUGGACGACGUGGUCCCGAUGACUUGGAUCUUGACUACACUUGGCUUAUGCCAUUUGACGCGAAAGCUUGCGUGCGGUUAAUUCCGGCUUGCUUCCCAAGAAAUGUCAAGAUUCCAACAAGAAAAGAAGCAGUUAGGUGGUGGAGAAAUUGCGCUCAACGUAUUCUCGAUAUCAGUCAUUGCACUCCAAAUUCAGUGAAAGACGUCUACUCAAUGUUCUAUUUCGCUCAGAUGUUCACAUUCAAUUCAUGUGUGUUCACAAAGUCACUACUUCAAGUUUGCAUGUUCCCCGUCGACAACCACCUGUUAGGUAAAUCGAUGACGAUUGGUGAGCCUAUCGAAGUUGCUUUGAAAACUGGCUUCAUUCCACAAGUGUUAGUGAAAGACUCUCCGGUUUACAAUGAUCAAAUCGCAUGCAACCUUUACGAUACUUUUAUGAAUAACAUGAUGAAGUGCAUUAUUACUUCAUACAGCAGUUUUGGUUGCAAUCUCACUCGUCAACGAGAUCGACUUGAAAUGGCUAUAGAAGAGCUUGCACAGUUACAGUUUCAUGCUGGAAAACUUGAAACUCGUACGGAUGAGGUGAUGCUCGCAUCAAACAUGAUAGAUGAAAAGCAGCAAAACGUCUCGUUCCAUUCAGUUGCCACAUUUGUGUUCCACAAUCUGCUUGCCAUAAUUCAUUAUUAUUUCGAGCUAGGAUUUUAUAUGGACUUGUAUGUGCCGUAUGAGUUCCCGUACAUGUUCUGGUUCCUUGGAGAUGUCGAUGCUAGAUGGAUGUUGACAACCUUGGAACGCUCACAGGAGAUUCAGAUAAACUAUUGGAAAGGAUGUUCGUUGUCCACGUCGGUGAACCCAAGGCAUCAGAAAGAGAAACAACAGAAAGAAGAGCAACUGAAGAAACGUCUUGCUGGACUCCAGUGUUCCAUUAUGAACCAAUUCGCAAUGACUAUGAUUUCUAAAGGAAUAAUCAAGAUGUCCGUAGUUCUGGUUCGAAAAGGAAUGGUGAAAAUACCGGAAGGCGGAGAAGAGGCGGAACGUCUUCGUUUCGAACGGCGUUUUGAGUGUUUGCAGAAUCUCGGACCACCACUUACUGUCACUUACGAGCAAUACAAACUUACUUCAGGCAUUGAUGCUUUGUAUGAAGAGGACAUUUCCUUACUGAUUAGCAGUGCAUGUGAUCAUUUUGCUUCUGCUAAGGCUCAACUCGAAAAAAUGGACAUCGCUAUCGAACAAAAUCGAGACACAAUCAAUCUGCACCGUAUUGCAAAGGCAAAUCUCGUCGCAACCAAUUUGCUCAAGCUGGGAUUGAAAGAUCGGAAAAUGGAGUGGGGAUUUUAUGAGGACUACCCAAUUUACCCGUAUCUCAAAAUUUCCAAUUAG